AUGACCGCCACCGAGGUCAUGACACCCACAACCCCAGAAACAACAGGGACAAGGCCACGAACAGCAACAGGGCCAGCAGACAUCGACAGCGAUGGCACCGACGACACCACACCCAGCACCAGCACCGCCGCGACGACAAGCCGAAGCUGCCCAACCUGCGGCACCCCCCUCUCCCUCCCCUCCCUUCCCGCCUACCAGCAAACCCAAGCCGCCCUCCUCUCCGCCCAGAAGCAAAUCACCGAGCUCCAAUCCCAGAUCAAACUCCUCAACGCAAAGGCCUCAGCAGCGGUCGACCGAUGGGCCGACUACGAAGACGAGCUGACGAAGCUCCGCGCUCAGUUGUCAUCAGAGUCGAGAUCGUCAACUCCUAGCUCCCCGUCGGCGGCUUCUUCCUCAUCGCCAACAACAUCCUCCUCGUCCCCUUCACCGCAGAAACAACCCCAACAACACCAACAGCAGAAACAAACCUUCCUUCAGGAAGGCUCCCCUUUGCCUACCCCUCCUAGUUCGGUAACAUCGGCCCUUCCUUCGCCGUCAAGAACAUCAUUUCUUCCUGCCGCCGCAACGAGGAUUUCUGCGCUGUUGUCGUUGAGGAAAUCGACGAGUAAUUUGAAGCCUUUGCCUUCGAUUCCGGUCUCGCCUCGUUCACCUAUACCUAGUGUGCCACCUUCUGCGACGCUUUAUAAUCUUCCUAGUCUAGCGACUCCUCCAGAGUCGGGGCAAAUGACGACGGGGGAUUUGCUGACGGCGUUGGGGAGGGAGCAGGCGAGGAGGGUGGAGGUGGAGAAGAGGUUGAAUCAGACGAGUAGGGAGGUGGAGGAGCUGAGCGUGAGUUUGUUUGAGCAGGCGAAUGAGAUGGUUGCGAGCGAGAGGAGAGCGAGGGCGGAGCUGGAGAAGAGGGUUGGGGAGUUGGUGGGACGGGAGGGGGAGAGGAGGAGGCGGUUGGAGGUGCUGGAGAGGGGGGUGGAGAGGAUUGGACGGGUUAGGGGGGUGCUGGGGGAGGGGGAGGCGUAG